CGGAGGCUGUCGGCAUCAUUUGCAGAGAUGUUGUCGUCAGGUAGACCCUCCACCGGGCAGCUGUGUCCACGGGGUGGUCAUCGUCUCCCGAAAAGCAGGGCCCACUACCGCGUUGUCGUCAUGGGAGCGGCGGCCGUGGGGAAAAGUGCCAUCAUAUCCCAGUUUCUGUACGACAGAUUCGUGAAAGAGUACAAGGCCACGGUGGAGGACCUCCAUCGAGGGGAGUACGACGUGAACGGCAUGCACCUCAUCCUUGACAUCCUCGAUACGUCGGGGACGCAUUCAUUUCCAGCAAUGAGGAAACUAGCAAUAGCUACUGGAGAUGCGUUUGUGCUGGUAUAUUCCGUGGACGAUGAUUCCUCUUUCUCAGCUGUGAAACAGCUUCGUGACGAGAUAAUGGAGGAAAAGAACAGCGAAGACGUCCCAAUCGUCAUCGCCGCCAACAAGACCGACGUUACCGAAGAGCGGAGGGUUAUCGGGCGUGAGACGGCGGAGACGCUUGUAUGUAUUGAAUGGGGGAACGGUUAUAUUGAAGCCUCAGCCAAAGAUAACAUUAACAUUGUUGGCAUUUUCAAAGAAAUUUUACGACAGUCCAAUAUCCAAUAUGCCCUCAGCCCAGCCGUUCGUCGUCGACGUCGAUCCAUGCCGGCAGUGUUGGUACAGCGACGACAGCUCGAUCCUCCAAAAAGACAUAGUUGUUCGUUAAAUUGAUAAAACCUGACAGAAAAUAUGUCCAACAUUCUACAACAGCCACCCAUGCUAUUCGUUGGGAUAUCUGUGUUUCCCCAAAUCCUAUGGAUCAGUUGUUGCAUCCUUUUCUUAUGCAAGAAUACUGUUGCAAAGAUGUCUUCGUGUGUGUUCUGGGAGACAUCAUGCCCCUUUGCCGUGAUGUAGAGAAUGGUCGGCGUGGCGUUUUUGCACGCUGUACUUUGAAACAUUGACGGUGGGUUUUCUAUCACAAACCAAUACUUUUAACAUUCGACUCACUAACUCUUAAGUAAAUCAUUCUCAAAAUUGUAUUCUGUUAUUGGAAGUGUUUGGGACGCGGUAAUUUUGUCUCAGAUACGUCGCAAAAACCGUUCCGAACUGUACUAACUGGUUCUACAACGAAAGUCAUUGAUACACCGCGAACUGAAAGAAGCAGUUCUAGUAACCACAGACUGGGAGUAAUUCCGAACUUUCCGUGCCUGUACAUGUUUUGUGUAGUGUCGUACGAUAGUUCAUAUUGAUAAUAUUGACAGCAUGAAAAUGUUGGUUCAUUAUGACUUAUAUUCCUGGACAUUUCAUAGGGAUGUAUAAAAUAUCCCUGUUAACAGUUGAGGAGUAUAUGUUGAUAAGUUAUGAUAUAUAUUGAUAAAGAUAUUAUAUAUGUUGAUAAAAUGAUGUUACAUGUUGAUAAAAUAAUGUUAUGUGUUCAUAAAAUAAUGCUAUAUGUUGAUAUAUCAUGUACAUACUUCUCGAUCAGUA